UAGCGGAAGUAAAUCAACAGAAACAAAGACAGAAAAAUGGCGUUAUCUAAACCGAAAGAGGUUCAGUUACAUUUAUUUAGUUGUCCGAUCUGUUCAGAAACAGUUAAACAGCCGAAAAUUUUACCUAUUCUUCAUUUAUUUUGUAAGCAAUGCAUCCACGAACACAUUUUAAAUAUGGGGCGGAACAAGAAUAGUAAACUAACCCAGUUUUCAUGUCCAGUUUGCAAGUCAGUUGUGAAACCUAAAGAUGUUAAAGCAACUACAGAUGAAUGGUCAGCGGCACUUCAAAAUAAUCUUAUUCUAUCAAUUAUGAUUGCAAGAAACAAGGAAGACCAACAACAAGACUGUGGUGCCUGUAAACGACACCAACAACAGUCCGUGGCCAAGUUCUGGUGCAAAGAAUGUGAUGAAACUUUCUGUGAAAAAUGUAAUACAAUGCACAGCUGGAUGAAGCUUUCCUCUACACAUCUUGUUGUUGCUCUUGAAGACCUGGGAUCUAAUACAUCUGGAAUUGAUUUACAUGCAAUCUCAGAACAAUGCAAUACACACCCAACGAAUAAUAUCGAAGCUUUUUGUUUCAAACACGAACAGCUAUGCUGUAUUCAGUGCGUCUCUUCAAACCACCGGUGCUGUGAAAACGUUAAAUCGAUUGAAGAAACAACCGGUUCUGACGACGUUUGCAUCACUCUUCAUGAUAAACUCGAAAGCAUUAAAUACGCAACAAUUAAACUUUUAAAAGAAAAGGAACAACAAAAAAGCAAAUUUAAAGCUAUGACCGAUAACACGGAGGAAGAAGCUAAAGAGUUUCUUGCUAUGAUUAAAUCCAAUCUAGACUGUUUGUUUGAAACAUUUACUAAACAGUUGCAUUUAUUUCGUGACGAUGAAAAUACUAGUUUCAACAUUCGAAUACGUUUACUGGAACAAUUAAUUGCAAGUUUAGACCACUGGAUGAGUGUUGACAGAGUUGUUAGAGAGUUUGCGACAAGAACACAAUAUUUUAUCCACGUUGACACAUUGAAGAAGCAACUCAAAGCAAGUGUACGUCAAAUAAACAAUUUAGGCCAUAAGGAAUGAUCAUUUACUUGACCUCAUAUUUAUAAAGAAUGAAAUUUUAGAG